UGGUAAAACUAGCAUGGAUUUCGAUAGUCCUGAUUGUGUAGAGAAAGAUUUUCCAGGCCUAUACGCCUCCGACGCGAGUGGAAAAAGCAAGAAAGAUGAUAAAGACUUUAGUGAUGCCGAUCCGGAGAAGGUCAGUAAAAAGGAGCUGCUAAUAGGUCGUAGAAAGGAUAAGAAGGAAAAGAAAACGGCUUACGCCACCUUGGAGGGGGAGAGUUCAUCGGAGGAGGAGCUGGAAACAAAGAGCCCAUCGAAGGCGAAGAAAUCAAAAACGUUUAAGUUCCCCUCAAAGAGCAAGGAAAAGAGGGAAAAAUCCAGAGAAAAGGAAAAGGAAAAACCAGAAACAUCCAAGCUUGACGAUAGCUGUAAGUUAGCUGAGAAGAGUGAAAAAGACAAGGAAAAAGACAAGAAAAAGGACAAGGAAAAGAAAGAAAAAGAAAAAAAAGAUAAGUCUAAAGACAAAAAGGAUAAAAAGUUAAAGCAAGGAAGCGUGAGUGAGGAAGUGUUAGAGCUUGGUGAUGCACAGCCCAUCUUCGGUGUAUCAUUGGGAUUGGCCACCGAGCGUAGUCGAUGUCAUGACGGUGUGAAUUUACCUUUGGUUGUACGCGAUUGUAUCGAUUACCUGCAGGAGCAUGGCUUGCAGAGUGAACACAUUUAUAAGGUCGAAGCUGUCAAAACGAAGCUCCAGCAAUUGAAAAGAACCUACAACAAUCGCGAAUGUAGCUGCGUCGGUGAGAUGGAUGUUCCGAUUGCUUGCGGUUUGCUGAAAAUGUUUUUACGCGAGUUGCCAGAACCAAUACUCACCACCGAUCUGUCGUCGCGAUUCGAAGAAGUUGCCUCGCAUUCACAGGUGUCUCAACAGGAGCAGGAACUCGUUUCGCUGGUUGAGCAAUUGCCAAGCUCAAAUCGAACCUUGCUAUCUUGGAUGUUUAUGCAUGUAGAUGCCGUUACGCAGAACGAAGACUUCACUAAGAUGAAUGCACAAAACAUCGCAAUGCUUCUUAGCCCUACAUUUCAGAUGUCGCACCGGUUAUUCGUGGCGAUCUUAUGCCACUGUAGCACUCUUUUCGCCGACACUAUCUUACACAAAUAUGUUCCACCAAUUACAGCCUCGAGUCCAAAUUUACCGGAGACCCCUGAGGAAAUAUCUGUGGAGUUGAAAAAACAAGAAAGUCUAUUGGCUCAAAUUCAUGCUGAAAUGAAUGCUGGCUUUGUAACGAAGAAGCGCGAAGAACAGCUAUGGGAAGUCCAACGUAUUAUUACGCAACUGAAGCGUAAGCUGCGAUCGUUUGAAAAGAAAUCUGACUGCGUACAAAAGAGCCUCGACGAUACGGUCGAUGGGGACAUUUCUAUUGAUUUGAAUCUGCAAAAGUCAAAGCUAUCCUGCUCCGAUGACGAGUCUUCUAUCAAAACGGUUACGGCCAUUUCGACUGAGUCUGCCACAAAUACGGAAGCAAAAAAUACGCCCCAGGAAACGCCAGACGAAGCAAUAGGACCUGAACCGAGGGUCACCAUGAACGAAUCUCCGGAAGCGCAUGUAACGAUACCCGAUUGUGCAGGUGUUCACCAGUUGGGGGCUGAAACGGCUACUGUGAGUGAUAGAGUGACCGUGACAGAUAAUGGAUUUCUUUUAUUACCCCAAAAUCACCCUGAAUAUCUGACGUUGAUACGAUUGCAACUAGAAAACCAAGAACUGGUAAACUGGAAGGCUCAGUUACAGGCUCGUAUUCAAACGGAAAGGAAUGAAGUGGUAAAAAUGAAGAAACUUCUCACCAUCGAUAGCAGCAUGUAUGGUCCCGCGGCGAUAGAUCCAUCAGCUAAUGUUAGCGAAGAAUAUGAGAAAUUGAUGUCCCACUAUGUGAAGGAAAAUGCAUUGCUGGAACAAAAGCGCCAGAUGCUUGCGAAAGAAAUAUUUGAGGAGAAUAAGAACCUUAUUCAAAUGCAAGUAGAGUUGGCGCUAAAUCGCUACAAAAUUUAAGGCUGUAAAUCA